GCUGGCGUUGGCGCCCGCGCACGCCGAGGCGCUGGAGGGCGCGGCCUACUGCCACAGAAAGACCAACAAUCUGGACCAGGCAGUGCACCUUUACCAGCAGUGCCUCAAGGUGAAGUCGACUGCGGAGGGCCCCCUGUACUACCUGGGCGACAUCCUGUAUCGGCAGCACCGGCACGCCGAGUGCCAGCACUACCUCCAGAGGCUGGUUGAGACCAACUGCUCCGCCGACUAUAAGACCGGAGCUCUGUACCUCCUCGCGAAGUCGCACGUGUCCCUGGACGAGUACGAGGAGGCCGAGAAGCAC